AUGUUGCUAACGGCCGGUCAACAACCUAAUUUAUUGUCGAACUACUACGAUCGAAUUAUUGGUGACAAUAUUCAAAAGAAUGCAGAUGAAGAUUUUUUGGAUCGCUUCUCCAUUGCAUCUGAUUGUGUGCAAUAUUACAUAACUGUUCCACCAGUGAUACGCAACAUUCCAAUUAUACGUCGAUAUACAAAAUACCUACAUAACAAUCUGAUGUGGACCAGAAAUUAUGCGUGCAACUUGGUCAAGGAACGCAGAAAAGAAAUAAAAAACCUCGGCAUUGGAGAGAAGUCAGCAUCCAAUGUGUUAAAUAUUCUAUUGCCAUCAAACGGUAUUCCAAACGAGAACGACAAAAUAUCCUUGACUGACGAAGAAAUCGGAGAUAAUAUAGUAGAAAUGUUUAGUGAAGGAAUUGAUAGCCCUUCAAAUACUCUGGCAUUUAUUAUUCAUUGCGUUGGAGCUAAUCCAGAUGUUGAAAGAAGUAUUAUUCAAGAAAUUAAGAACGUAUUUGGAGAUUUGACGGACUUGGUUAUUACCUAUGAAGAUUUAAAUAAGCUUGUAUAUAUAGAAGCGGUCAUAAAAGAAGUUCUGAGACUUAGGCCGGCAACAUUGACAAUCUCGCGCUUUUCGGCACAUCGUGAUCAAUUUGACGGGUACGAAAUUCCCUCAUCGACACAAAUUGCAAUAAACGUCGUUGGUUUGCACAGGAAUCAAAAUUAUUGGAACGAACCCGAAAACUUUAAUCCCUCAAGAUUUUUAGAAGACAACAUUGGUAAAAACUAUAACAAAAAUGCAUUCAUGUAUUUUGGCGGUGGAUUACGCGUGUGCCCAGCUAAACAGUUUGCAAUGGUACAACUCAAAAUGAUGGUGGUUUUGCUUUAUAGUAAAUAUACCUUUGAGGUAACCACCAAAGAUCCUUCAACAAACUACAACGUUAAUCUUCAAUGCAAAGAGCUGAUGACUAGAAUUAAACACAGAAGAUAG